UUGCUACAAAGAAUAAGUAAAUAAAACGAAGUUUUUGUAUUUUCUAAAAUCGAACAGCUAUUAAAAAUCAAAAUCCCUCAUAAUAUGCGUCUAUGUUAUUCGAAACUCCAGGAACAAAAAUCCAUACAAUUUGUCACACAGAAAUAGUUUGCAAAAGCAAUUUCAAUGCCAGAGGUGAAAAAAGAAAUAGCAAAUUUUAGCCUCCAUUUGCUCACUAGCAGAUGGUUCAUGGCAUUUUCUUCUCUAAUGAUUCUAUCUAUGACUGGUGCAACUUUCAUAUUUGGCCUUUAUUCAGGGGAGAUAAAAUCCUCAUUAGGCUAUGAUCAAACAACACUAAACUUGAUUAGUUUUUUCAAGGAUUUGGGUGGCAAUUUAGCCAUAAUUUCUGGUCUAAUCAUGGAAAUUGUACCACCAUGGGCAGUUUUGGCUAUUGGUGCAAUCUUGAACUUUUUUGGCUAUUUCAUGAUAUGGCUAGCUGUAACGGAGCGAAUUUCGAAACCCCAUGUCUGGCAAAUGUGUUUGUACAUAUGCAUUGGUGCAAAUUCUCAGUCAUUUGCAAAUACCGGAGGAACUGUCACUUGCGUCAAGAACUUCCCUGCUAGCCGAGGCAUCGUGUUAGGCCUACUAAAGGGUGCGGUUAGCCUAAGUGGUGCGAUCAUGACACAAUUGUACCUUGCUUUUUAUGGUGACAACGAGGGCGAGUCUCUGAUCUUACUUAUUUCCUGGCUCCCGAUGCUUGUCUCGUGUAUAUUUCUCCCUUCGAUUCGGGUUAUGAAGGUCAUUCAGCAAGAAAAUGAUGGCAAAAUGUUCUAUAAUCUCCUUUUUGUUUCACUUGGACUUGCUGGCUUUCUCUUGAUUAUGAUCAUCAUACAAAAAAAGUUCACCUUUAAAAGGGUUGAGUAUGCUCUAAGUGGUGCUGUUGUUAUAGUUCUAAUAUUCUCUCCAUUGAUUUUAGUCAUUAGAGAAGAACUUAACAUUUGGAAGACCAAAAAAGGACUACUCCCUAGUGACAUUUCACAAUUGAACGUGCCGAUUGAUAUGGAAAAUCCUCCUUCAUCGACAACAAAUUGGACUUCGUGCUUUAGGAGCGCAUUUAAUCCACCAAAGAGAGGUGAAGAUCACACAAUUUUACAAGCACUCUUCAACAUUGACAUGUUAAUUCUAUUUGUAGCCACAACAUUUGGUGUUGGAGGGACAUUGACAUCAAUCGAUAACUUAGGCCAAAUCGGGAAGGCCUUAGGCUAUCCCGAUUCAAGCAUCAGUACGUUUGUGUCAUUAGUGAGCAUAUGGAAUUACCUCGGAAGAGUAGCCUCGGGAUUUUCCUCGGAAAUCUUGUUAAACAAGUACAAUUUCCCGCGCCCUUUGAUGCUCACACCCGUGCUCCUACUUUCCUGCAUUGGCCAUGUUCUCAUUGCAUUUGGUGUUUGGAAUUCACUAUACGCGUCCUCUGUUCUCAUGGGGUUCUGUUUUGGAGCUCAAUGGCCCUUGAUUUUGUCAAUAAUUUCGGAGUUAUUUGGCCUAAAGUACUAUGCCACAUUGUAUAAUUUUGGUUCUGUGGCUAGUCCUAUAGGUGGAUAUAUACUCAACGUGAGAGUUGCUGGUCAUUUAUAUGAUAAAGAAGCAAUGAAACAACUACAAGCUAAGGGUAUAUUCACAAGAAAAAUUGGAGAGGAUUUGAAUUGUGUUGGAGUUAAGUGUUAUAAACAGGCAUUUUUAAUAAUUACAGGUGCUACAUUUACAGGAGCAAUUGUUUCAUUGAUUUUGGUGUUGAGAACAAGAAAAUUUUAUGCAAGUGAUAUAUACAAGAAAUUUAAAGAAGAGAGUCAAGUAGUACAAGCUAGCAACAUUACCACUUCAAGGGAAAAUGAUUGAACAUUAUGGUGUGGUAUCGUUGUGCAGAGCUGGGUCCAGGAUUUUAGAUUAGUGAGGGUAGAGUACCAGUUCAAUUAGUAUUAUUUUGUAACGACGGUGCCAAUUUAGUAAAUGUAUAUUAUUUCUCAAAAUUGUUUA